AUGCCUCGCAGAGAUUUCAGUGUUCACUUUGCCAGCAGGGGCGGCGGAUCUUACAUCAGAUCAGAAGAGGCAGUGGGUAUAGCUUUACUGGUGAUAAUUCUUGCUGCUCUGCUCAUCCUGGGAUGUUGGUAUUACCGAAGAAGGAGCGGAUACAAAAUGAUCCGAAGUGCACGCGGUACAGGUCAGUCCUGGAGGGAGAUCAUGAGAUCAGGGCAGCACAGUGAAGGAGGGGCGGGGACUGAGAACAAAGUCGCUCUCAACGAAUUCAGUAACCUCCAGCGAGUGGUUCCAAAUGCCCCUCCCGCCUAUGAGAAAAUCGCCUCUGGCCCAUUACCUCCUCCAUAUUCACCCUGA